CAGUCAAACGUACAACCAUCCUCAAAGCUUGUUACCAUAGUUCCAUCUGAAAAACCCCACUCUCCCUUCUUCUUAAGUCUUCUUUCCAUAAAAAAAGAGAAAACAAAAGAAAAGAAAAAAAGCAAAAGCUGGGCAUCAACACCACGCAGAACAAAUCCAAUCUAAUCCUAUAUCCAAAUCGAAUGAUCAUCACUAAGAAUCAAAUGGUCGAAGCAAUGAACGGCUUUGAUCGACUCCCGGACUCCUUAAUCCUCCUCAUCUUCAACUCGAUUUCCGACAUCAAGACCCUCAUCUGUUGCCGUUCCGUUUCGAAACGUUUCAACUCACUCGUCCCCCAAACUGAAUCCCUCUCUCUCAAAGUCGACUGCGUCAUCUCACCCGAGUCGGAUUCCGGCUCCUUAUUCACUCUCCUUAAAUCUCUCCUCAAAUCCAUCCACGAUCUCCUCAAACCCGACACGAAACCCACAACCCGAAACCAAACCCAAAACUCCCCGGCUCGUAUCCUCAACCAGUUCGACCGGAUCCGUGACCUUCAAAUCGAACUGCCAUCUGGCGACUUGAAAUUAGAGAAAGGAGCCGUUAUCAAAUGGAGAGCUGAAUUCGGUAAGUCGUUGAAAAGCUGCGUUGUUCUCGGGUUUCGCCGCGUAGCAAAUUCCGAGGGAAAUAAUUCUGAGGGGGAUAUUGAUUUUGCGGGAGGUUUAAAAACAAGGGUUGUGUGGACAAUAAGCGCGUUGAUUGCGGCAUCGGCGAGGCAUUAUCUGUUGAACGACGUCGUUAAGGAUCAUCGGGAGAUGGAGAGUUUGGUGUUGGUGGACAGAGAAGGGGAAGGAACGGUGGCGAUGGGGAGGGAAGGGUUGAGGGAGUGUAGGGAGGAGAGUGGGAUGGCGGCGCGUGGAGCGGAUUGGCAGGAGGAGGGGAAGCGGACGGUGGUGCCAAGUGUGAGGAUGAGGAUGAGGCACGAGCAAAGAGUGCAGUUGAAGGAUGGAGUUUGGGUGGAAGGCGCGACUCUGGUGGUGGUAAGGCCUUGUAACGGUGGUGGUGAUGUGGAGGAUGCUGAGCUGGCAUUAGGUGCGUUUGGUGGUGGGAUUUUUGGAGAAGCUGUACAGGUACUUCUUAAGAAUGAGAGUUAUUUGUUGGAAAUGAAUUCCUUCUAAUGUUUUUUUUUUUUUUAAGAAAAAAUUGCUGUUGGUUUUUU